CGCGGCGCCUUCGCCAUGUCGUCGUCGUCGUCGUCGCCGCGGGAGGCGCCGGGCGAGGAGCGCGCCUACGAGAGCCAGGCCAAGCGCCUCAAGACCGAGGAGGGCGAGAUCGACUACGCGCUCGACGAGGCCGGCGACGCCCGGCGCGAAGCGGCGCCCCGGGGCGGGGGCGAUGGCGGCGGCGGAGGCGGCGGAGGCGGCCGGGGCUUUGCUCCGCCGGAGGCGGGUGGCAGCCAUCACAAAGUGUCCGUGUCGCCCGUCGUCCACGUCCGAGGGCUCUGUGAGUCUGUGGUGGAAGCCGACCUCGUGGAGGCCCUGGAGAAGUUUGGGACCAUCUGCUACGUGAUGAUGAUGCCCUUCAAGCGGCAGGCCCUGGUGGAGUUCGAGAACAUCGACAGCGCCAAGGAGUGCGUGACCUUCGCGGCCGAGGAGCCCUUGUACAUCGCCGGCCAGCAGGCCUUCUUCAACUACUCCACCAGCAAGAGGAUCACGCGGCCCGGGAACACGGACGACCCCUCGGGGGGCAACAAGGUUCUUCUGCUGUCCAUCCAGAACCCCCUCUAUCCCAUCACUGUGGAUGUUUUAUAUACCGUUUGCAACCCUGUGGGAAAAGUGCAACGCAUUGUCAUAUUCAAGAGAAACGGGAUACAAGCAAUGGUCGAAUAUCCUUCAUUUGUGACUUAACUUAUGUUUGAAUCCAUCCUUUGCGCCCAGAAAGCUAAAGCGGCACUCAACGGAGCGGACAUCUAUGCUGGGUGCUGCACGCUGAAGAUCGAAUAUGCCAGGCCAACGCGUCUCAACGUGAUCAGGAACGACAACGACAGCUGGGACUACACCAAGCCGUACCUGAGCAGGCGAGAUAGAGGAAAGGGUCGCCAGAGACAAGCCAUCCUGGGAGAGCAUCCUUCUUCGUUUAGACACGAUGGCUAUGGCUCCCACGGCCCAUUGCUGCCUUUGCCCAGCCGCUACAGAAUGGGCUCCCGAGAUACCCCUGAACUUGUGGCGUACCCGCUGCCGCAGGCCUCUUCCUCGUACAUGCACGGAGGGAACCCCUCGGGCUCCGUGGUGAUGGUCAGCGGCCUGCAUCCCUUGAAGAUGAACUGCUCGAGGGUCUUCAACCUAUUCUGCUUGUACGGAAAUAUUGAAAAGGUGAAGUUCAUGAAGACCAUUCCCGGGACGGCGCUGGUGGAGAUGGGCGACGAGUAUGCCGUGGAAAGAGCCGUCGCGCACCUCAACAACGUCAAGUUGUUUGGGAAAAGGCUCAACGUCUGCGUGUCUAAGCAGCAUUCGGUGGUUCCAAGUCAGAUAUUCGAACUGGAGGACGGGACGAGCAGCUACAAGGAUUUCGCGAUGAGCAAAAACAACCGCUUUACCAGCGCCGGCCAGGCGUCCAAGAACAUCAUCCAGCCACCCUCGUGUGUGCUGCACUAUUACAACGUCCCCCUGUGCGUCACCGAAGAGACCUUCACCAAGUUGUGCAACGACCACGAGGUUCUCACCUUCAUCAAGUACAAGGUGUUCGACGUGAAACCUUCUGCCAAGACACUCUCUGGGCUCCUGGAGUGGGAAUGCAAGACCGAUGCGGUGGAGGCCCUGACGGCGCUUAAUCACUACCAGAUACGGGUUCCGAAUGGUUCCAAUCCGUACACGUUGAAACUUUGCUUUUCUACGUCAUCCCAUUUAUAAGAAGAGGCGAGAAGAGCAUGUUAGAAUUUAUGAUCA